AUGGAGCUCAAACAGUUGGACCACAACGCCAGCAUCCACAGCGACUCUGGUGCUAGGACAUUGAGCAACGUGAACAGGUUAUCUGUAGAACAACAGCGGAUUAAUGAAAGAGCCCUAUCACUCCUUCAACGUAAUAGAGAACGUAGAGAGUUGCUAAGGAGGCAACAAGAUAGACGAAGGUUUGAACGAAUACCUGAACGGCAAUAUAUUCAACCUGCGGAGCACCGGUACGCCUUAGAUGAAGUAACAAGAAAGCGCGAUGAGCUGGGGAGGCAACAGAGGAAGAGGAAAGUACGGGUCAAUAAGAAGGUCAGUUCGCAUAGUAAGCAUACACCGAGUGAAUUGGCUCUAUAUGAAAUAAGGAAAUACCAGCGAUCGACCGAGCUGCUAAUAUCGAAGAUCCCUUUCGCGAGGUUAGUCAAAGAGGUGACCGAUCAAUUCACUACAGAGGAACAGCAAUUGAGGUGGCAAUCGAUGGCUAUUCUAGCCCUUCAGGAGGCUAGUGAAGCGUACCUUGUUGGGCUACUAGAGCAUACUAAUCUGCUCGCGUUGCAUGCCAAAAGAAUUACGAUAAUGAGGAAAGAUAUGCAACUGGCGAGAAGGAUACGAGGCCAAUUUUUGUAG